AUCCCAAAACUGCAACACACAAAACCCUAAACCCUUCAUUUCGCUAUUCUCAUUCUCCUCCGAUCCAAUCUCAUCGUCAAUGGCUUCAGCGUGCACCAGAAUCGCUCAAAGAGCAUCAAUUUCAUCCAUAAAAUCAGCAAUCAAAUCGAACAUUCGCGCUUCAUCUUUUCCCAAACCAACCACCGCCACCACUUCUUCUCCGCUUCGCCGAUCAUUUACUUCCAGGAUUGCGCCGGAACUUGGAUGCGUUCAGUCGUUGUUGCCGUUACACAGUGCAGUUGCGGUGGCUAGAAUGACUUCAAGACUCAGCAUAACUUCGAGGAACUGUCGUUCGCUUUCUCAGGAGCUCGGUCUAUCGGUUCCAAGGUGACUUGCUAGAAGAAAGAUUGAAGAAAGCCUUUUUAGGUUUGUAAUGUUGGAUUUGUGGUCGUUUUGUCACAUUGGUUCCCAGAAAGUGGGUAUACUUGCUGUAAUUCUUUCAGGAUUAGAAAAUGAUUUAUUCUGUUAAAUAAAAAAUAUCGUCCUAAUUGAUAUA